UUGGCGUUUGACACCCACGAGGAGAACCGCCGGCCAUUCCAGCGCAACCAAAUCUCUGGGAAAUCAAGCGCAGGAAUAAAUCGAAGAAUUGCUCGCUUUACUGAAUUCAGCAAAAUCCUGAAAGAAAUGUCGGCCUUCCUCCGCUCCGCAACCCGCGCCGUCGCCCGGCCGCCCGCAGCCGCCACCGUGACUGCCGCGGCGGCGCGCCCCUUCAGCUCGACCGCGGCGCGCCCCGUCGCGCGCAUCACCAUCGUCGGCAACCUGGCCGACACGCCCGAGCUGCGCGCGUCCAGCACCGGCCGCGAGUACCUGCGCUACGCCGUGGCCAGCAACUCGGGCCACGGCGAGAACCGCAAGACCAGCUGGUUCAACGUCAGCUGCUUCGUCGACGAGGGCCCGCGCAGGGACUUCUACCAGUCGCUGCCGAAGGGGACUCUGGUCAUGGUCCAGGGCGAUGUGUCGAUUUCCCCCUAUGUGGAUUCCGAGGGCAAAGCGCGCCAGGGGCUGAACAUCACGCAACGUGAGCUCGAGGUUCUGCGCCGGCCCUACAACCCCAAUGCUGGCGCUGGCGCUGGCGAGGGCGAGGCCGGGCAAGCAGGCCUCAGCAGGCCACUCCGAAGGCCGGUCUGGCGGCCGUUCGAUGUCAUCGUCAUUGGCGGCGGCCAUGCUGGCUCCGAGGCGUGCGCGGCCGCAGCCCGUGCCGGCGCUCGCACUGCGCUCAUCACCCCCGACAUCCACAACCUCGGCGUCUGCUCGUGCAAUCCCAGCUUUGGCGGCAUCGGCAAGGGCACCAUCCUGCGCGAGAUCGACGCCAUGGACGGCCUCGCGGGGCGCAUCAUUGACAAGGCCGGCGUGCAGUUCAGGGUGCUCAACAAGAGGAAAGGCCCGGCCGUCUGGGGCCCGCGCGCCCAGAUCGACCGCGCGCUCUACAAGAAGUACAUGCGCGAGGAGCUCGAGUCGUAUCCGAACCUGUCCAUCCUCCUGGGGAGGGUGUCCGACAUUGUCAUCUCCGACAACCACGACGACCCGGCCGCCGACGGCGCCAAGAGCAAGAUCACGGGCGUGCGCCUCGAGUCGGGCGAGGUGCUGCCCACCGGCCAGGUCGUCAUCACCACCGGCACCUUCCUCGGCGGCGAGAUCCACAUCGGCCUCGAGUCCUACCCCUCCGGCCGGAUGGGUGAGCAGGCGACCUUCGGGCUGAGCAAGUCGCUCCGCGACGCCGGCUUCCAGCUCGGCCGGCUCAAGACGGGCACGCCGCCGCGGCUGGCCAAGAACAGCAUCAAGUGGGACAUUCUCGAGGUGCAGCGCGGCGACGACCCCCCGAUGCCCUUCAGCUACCUCAACGACGCCGUGGCAGUGCAGGACCAGCUGCUGUGCCACGCCACCUACACCAACCAGGCGACCCACGACAUCGUGCGGGCCAACCUCGACAAGACGAUCCACAUCCGCGAGACGGUCAAGGGGCCCCGGUACUGCCCCUCGCUCGAGUCCAAGGUGAUCCGCUUCGGCGACCGCGAGCGCCACAUCGUCUGGCUCGAGCCCGAAGGCUUCGACAACGACGUCAUCUACCCCAACGGGCUCAGCAUGACGGUCCCGGCCGAGGCCCAGGAGCAGCUCCUCCGCACGAUCCGCGGGCUCGAGGACGUCGUGAUGCUCCAGCCCGGCUACGGCGUCGAGUACGACUACGUCGACCCGCGCAGCCUCAAGCGCAGCCUCGAGACCAAGGCCAUCCGUGGGCUCUACCUCGCCGGCCAGAUCAACGGCACGACCGGCUACGAGGAGGCGGCCGGCCAGGGCAUCAUCGCGGGCAUCAACGCCGGCCGCGCCGCCCGCUCACUCCUGCCCGUCACGCUCUCCCGCGCGGACGCCUACAUCGGCAUCAUGAUCGACGACCUCGUCACCAAGGGCGUCUCGGAGCCCUACCGCAUGUUCACGUCCCGCUCCGAGUUCCGCCUCAGCACCCGGCCGGACAACGCCGACGUGCGGCUGACCCCGCGCGCCCGCGCCUGGGGGGUCGUGUCGGACGCGCGCUGGGCGCGCUUCCGCGACGACGCCCGCCGCGCCGCCGACCUGCGCCGCCUGCUGCGCGACACGCUGCUGACCGCGGCCGAGUGGCAGCGCGCCGGCGUGCCCAUCGCCCCGGCCACCGCCGCCGCCGACCCGCUCCGCCGCCGCCGCGGCUGCGACGUGCUGCGCCUGCCGGGCGUCGGGCCGGAGCACCUGACCCCGGCGAUCCCGGGCGUCCACCCGGACGCGUUCCCCGCCCGCAUCCGCGAGCGCGUCGCCGUCGACAUCGUCUACGAGCCCUACGUCCGCCUGCAAGCUGCCGAGGCCGCCCGCCUGCGCCGCGACGAGGAGCUCGCCCUGCCGACCGACCUCGACUACGACGCCGUCCGCGGCCUGAGCAUCGUCGAGCGCACCGUCCUCAAGCAGGCCCGCCCCGAGAACAUCGCGCAGGCCCGCCGCAUCGAGGGCGUCACCCCCGCCGGCCUGGUCAACCUGCUCGGCCAUGUGCGGCGGUUCGCACCGAGGAGCGAGGGGGCCGUCGGCGGUCUGGAGGGGGAGGAGGGAGAGGCGGUGCUGGAGGGGUUGGAUGUGGCUGGGGCGGAGGACCUCGAGACGCUGGAUGCGAGGAGUCGGGUUGCCGAGUUAUGAGAGGGGACUUGCUUGGUUUCUUUUGAAUUUGGUGUAGAAGGUAAACUGUGCGAGGGAAUCUCAAUGUAUUUAGUCACUCACGGAUGGAACACAGCAUCGCAACAACGGCGCGACGGUCUAGGGGUCAUUAUUAUUAUUGCUUUUUUUUG